GGCGUUUUCUCUGAGAUAUUCUCGUCUUUUCUUUUAUGAUAUGUUUUUGCGAUAAAUACUACGAAAGUCUCGCGAAAUAUCCAUUCAUUUGAUUAUUAUUUGAUUAGAAAUUCAUUUGUCAAACGACUCGCAAAUCAGUUAUCAUUUGAGCGAUCGGUCAGUGAUUGUCAUCCGUGUCCACACAUCUGCUCACAAGUAGUGCGAAGAGACGAAGAAAUGGUUGAUUACAGCAAAUGGAAGUCAAUUGAGAUCAGUGAUGACGAGGACGACACGCAUCCCAACAUAGAUACGGCCUCUUUGUUCAGAUGGAGACAUCAGGCGAGAGUGGAGCGCAUGGAUGAGAUGCAGAAGAGUCGACAGGAGCUCAGAGAGCAGAUGAAGGAGACGGAGAAGCAGCUGAAGGAGGUGUCACUUAAGGCCAAAGCGAGUGACGACAAUGAAGCGAAAGAGAAGCUCAAGAAACUGGAGUCCGAGAAGAAGGAGUUGGAGGACAAGGAGUUGGAGUUGGAGAAGAAGGAGAAGACACUGCCCUGGAAUGUGGACACCAUCUCGAAGGAGGGCUGGAGUAAG